UCCACCGUCCACCCGUUGUGCGUGGCGGCCGAGGCGGCGCGACGGACGCCGGGGAGGUCCUCGAGCAGGUCCUCGAGCAGACCCCGGACCGUUCGACAGAUAACGAGACCGUUUAUAAAGCGAUCGGGGCGCUGCCACGACUAGUCGAGGUGGAAAGUGGGGAACCUGCGUCGCAAAUCGUGGCUCUACUCCUCAGCAUGUGGGUGCGCUUCGCGCUGUUCGGGCUGGUGGCCACCCUGGCCCUGGCCGCCGCCAAGACGGACCUGGAGACGGAGGUGGAGGCCCUCAUCGAGACCUUCCGCGGCGACAUGAAGACGGGCCGUCCGGACAUCGGCAUCCCCGUGCUGGAGCCCGCCGUCAUCAAGCAGAUCCCCGUCAACAUCAAGCUGUCGCCCUUCGACGCCAGUUGCGUGGCCUCCGACAUCAACAUCGCCCGAGUGUCAGGCUUCGAGUUCACCAGGCUGGAGCAGCUCGCCGGCACCACCAAGCUGGCCGUGUCCGUGAAACUGCCCGACAUCGCCGUCGACGGCGAGUACGACUUGAAGGGCAGGGUCAAGGUUGGCUUCAUCAACGUCAAGCUCAACGGGAAGGGACCUCUCAAGCUCACCCUGAAGGGCCUCAAGGGAGAUGCCACUGUUGACGUCAUCGUCAACGGCGACGGAUCGCUCAACGUGGCCGACCUCAAGAUCGACAGCUGGACCUACGACAAGAUCUCGAUAAACCUGGAGAACCUGCUCGACGGUGGAGUCAUGGGCAAGACCGUCAACAAGCUCAUCAACAAACUCGUGCCCACGUUCGUCAACGCCAACCGCGCCAAGAUCAACGGCAUGAUCGAGACCAUGGGCAAGAAGGUCAUCAAUCAGUACUUGGACGGCGUGGCCGGCAAGCUGUCCCUCCUGCACGGUGAGGCCACCCCCCAGCUCACGCUCGACCACCAGAACUGGAUCGUUCCCGCCGAGGUCCAGGAGAUCCUGCACCAGCUCGCCGCCGCCGCUUCCUCGUCCUCGUCCAGCCUUCUGGCCAAGACGGACCUGGAGACGGAGGUGGAGGCCAUCAUCGAGACCUUCCGCGGCGACAUGAAGACGGGCCGUCCGGACAUCGGCAUCCCCGUGCUGGAGCCCGCCGUCAUCAAGCAGAUCCCCGUCAACAUCAAGCUGUCGCCCUUCGACGCCAGUUGCGUGGCCUCCGACAUCAACAUCGCCCGAGUGUCAGGCUUCGAGUUCACCAGGCUGGAGCAGCUCGCCGGCACCACCAAGCUGGCCGUGUCCGUGAAACUGCCCGACAUCGCCGUCGACGGCGAGUACGACUUGAAGGGCAGGGUCAAGGUUGGCUUCAUCAACGUCAAGCUCAACGGGAAGGGACCUCUCAAGCUCACCCUGAAGGGCCUCAAGGGAGAUGCCACUGUUGACGUCAUCGUCAACGGCGACGGAUCGCUCAACGUGGCCGACCUCAAGAUCGACAGCUGGACCUACGACAAGAUUUCGAUUAACCUGGAGAACCUGCUUGACGGUGGAGUCAUGGGCAAAACCGUCAACAAGCUCAUCAACAAACUCGUGCCCACGUUCGUCAACGCCAACCGCGCCAAGAUCAACGGCAUGAUCGAGACCAUGGGCAAGAAGGUCAUCAACCAGUACCUCGACGGCGUGGCCGGCAAGCUGUCCCUCCUGCACGGAGAGGCCGCCCCCCAGCUCACGCUCGACCACCAGAACUGGAUCGUUCCCGCCGAGGUCCAGGAGAUCCUGCACCAGCUCGCCGCCGCCGCUUCCUCGUCCUCGUCCAGCUCGCUAGUCCCCAGGGUGCUGCAGCUGCUCGAGGACUUCCGCAAGAUGAUGAGGAAGGGCCGUCCCGACAUGAGCAUCCCGGUGCUGGAGCCCGCCGUCAUCCACACCAUGCCGGUGGAGAUCAACCUGCCGCCCUUCGACGCCUCCGCCGUGUCGCGCGACGUGCACGUGUCUGGCGUGUCCGCCUUCGUGAUCAACAAGCUGGAGCAGGUCGACGGCACCAACCGCCUCUCCGUGGCCAUCGAGGUUCCCGAGGUGGACGUCGACGGACAGUACGAGAUCAACGGCAAGGUCAAGAUCGGCUUCCUCGACUUCAACCUCAGCGGCGGCAAAGGCCCAGUCACGCUCAAGAUGAAGGGCUUCAAGGGCACCGCCACCAUCGACAUGAUCGUCAACGACGACGACUCUCUCAACCUUAACUGGAUCAGGUUCGACACGUGGAACUUCGACAAGGUGGAGGCCAAUCUGGAGAACGUGGCCAUGGCCAAGUACGUCAACCCCUUGAUCAACAAGCUCAUCCCGGUGUUCCUGCAGCUGAACCGGGCCUGGAUCAACAACUGGGGUGAGGGUGUGGCGCAGACCGUCGUGAACCGCUACCUGGACGGCAUCGCCGGCAAGACGGUGCACUCGGCCUUCCCCCUGAACGAGAUGGCGGUCGACGCCGCCCCCUUGGUCGUGUCCCUGGAGGCGCAGCAGCUCCUCGACCAGCUCGCCCUCAUCCUGACCGACAGGCCGAGGCUGGCCGCGGCCCUGGCAGCGUAGAGUACUGUCCGAUGUUUUGCGUGUGUGGAGAGUAAAGUAAACUUUUCCCAAAUCAA